UCUUCUUCAGCCCGGUUUUUUCAAAAGAACUAGAACAUUUUACAAAUCUGUACCUUCUGCGCCUUCGUUUCUGUUUGAUCGUGGUUCAUUCUACAUGUGAAAGUGUUGUUGAGCUGCGCAUGCCGUUUCGUCACGUAUAACGGAAUCCCUCUCGAACUCGAUCACUAUGUUGAAAUCGGGGAGGACCGCCUUGUGUGUCAUUGCAUGGUCGCAUCGACGACGAUACGACGAAGAUCAAGAUGCUUAAUUCUCCCCCCGCACGCGCAGCCGAGGGCAAAGCUAGCGCGCGCGGCGCAGCACAAAGGGGUUUCGGGAACAAUCAGAAAAACGACGAGGAUGUCUCUACCCAACAAGUCGCGAGCAAAGCUGGAGGCGCAACCUCGUCCCGGCGCCGCGAGUUGCUGGAGGGAUACCGGUUGGACGCCAGAGAAAUUGCCGUUGGCGACCCAACGGCGCAGGCGUGGGAGUACUGGCUGCAGGUGUGUCUAGGCACCGGCGAGCUGCACGCGGCGCGCGCAUGGAGCCUCGGCGGGCCCGCUCAGCAGACCGUCUUUCACCGGUACGCGCGGGAAUUCUUCGCUGGGCCCGUCGUGGGGUGUUGGGUGCCGCUACAGGAGCUGCGGCCCGACAUGCCCACCGCGCAGGACUUCGCCGACACCGCACACUUUCGCUUCGACCCCGACGCGGUCCAGUUCAGUUUUGGAAGCGUGGACCUGAAAGACAGGUCCGCAGCGAAACGGCAUGCGUUCGUGCUGGUGCAUGUGGCAUUGGGGAGAACAUACUCGCCCGGAAUUAACGACGAGGAAAAGCGAUUGUUUUCAACAGCAGCUGCAGUGGGGUCAAAGAACCGAAGUGGUGUACUAUCCGGAUCACCGAUUACAAAUAGACUGCAAGAUGAUCAUGCCGGUGGAGGACUUCUGACACAGAACGCGACUCCGUGCCCGCCCGGAUACGAUUCAGUGUGUGAAAGAAACACGGAGAAAUCCGGCGGGGCGCUCGGGGCUUUAGGUCGAACCAUCGAGGACGAGGACGAAACCAUUCUCGGUGGCUACCGCAGCAAAGCUACUUCUGCAAGACGUGCUGCGUGGUCUAGAAGCGCGUCUCCGGGCGGGAGUGAUGGCGGCAAGAAUGUCGCUGCAGCGGAUGAAUUUGGCUUUCGCUACACCGUGCAGGCGACGCAGCAGGUGUAUCCGAUCGCGUUACUGGAGGUGGAAUUUACCGGCAUUCCAGUACGAACGCCGCCCUUCAUCUGCGAAGUGUGCGAUGAAGAAUUAGCGACGGUGUAUUGUCUGAAUGAUCGGGCGCAUUUCUGCGAAACCUGUGACGACGCGCACCACCGGCAAGACCCGUUGUUGCAAAAGCAUCGACGGGUGGGGAUCGAACACUCCCCCUACCAAUUCGGUAUGUGCACAAUACACCCGCGGGAGCGUUACGAGGCGGUGUGUCUGAAGACCUCGCAACUUCUGUGCUCCCACUGCAUCCUCAUCGGUUCCCACUCCAGCCCCGAAAUGGCCGACAACCCGCUGGUCAGCACACUGGACGCGUUCAAAAUGGCGAUGCAAGGGCUCAUGACAAACAAAACAGCUGGAACUGCAUCCGCAGUUUCGACGUCCAGCAACACCAAUCUGCUGAUCAACAACUCCGACGUUCUUGCCGGGCCGGGAGCGAACGCGGCGGAGAGCCGCAAAAUUCUUUACGAGAGGUUGCAAAUUCGGCACGACCAAUUGACGAAGAUCCACCUCAGUUACGACGGAAUCCAGCGCCGUGUGGAGUCCGUGUUGAGGCAGAGCGUCCAGACCAUCCACAACAUUCAGGAAAAGAAGUUGCAGUACCUACAGAGUCUGCGGCGGGAGCUGCUCGCGCAGCUGCUACUGUUCGAAUGGUUAGCAUCCGGCCACCUCGUACUUCGAAAAAACUUCAAAAAGACUUCAAAGAUGAGUUCAGUGCGAGUUCAAAACGAACGCACACAAAAUCCUAUAUUUCUCGCAAAGUCAUUUGACCUGUUGCAAAAUCGCAAAGAGCCAGCGUUUCUGUCGAAAGUCAGCUGGCUUUGCGUGGUUUGCAAUAACUCAAAUGACUUUGUGCGGAAUUUGCAUCAAAAAAAGUCAAUUGACUUUAUGCUAAUUUCAAAAAAAGUCAAAUGUCUUUUCCUGAAUUCGGCUCAUUUCGCAAACAGACAGCAAAAAUUUGAAGGAUGUGCCCAAUUUUUUUGCAGAAGCCAGUUGACUUUUCUGGCAAAAGCUCUCAGAAGUCAACUGGCUUCUCAUAAAACGAAAAUGAAGAGUCAAUUGACUUUGCCUGGAAAUCGUCAAAAGUCAAUUGACCUGCGCCCUUUUUUAGGUCAACUGACAAUGGGCAAAUUAUUGAACUCGGAUUAAACUCGUAAUGAACUCGGUUUUGAACUCGUGCUCCGGUCUUUUUGAAAACUCUAAAAGUACGAGGUGGCCCCGUGCUAAGAAUGGGGAGACGCGUUUUACGCGCACGCCCGGAUGGCACUCCCGCCGGUCGAGUUUUUGAAGGCGACACGGAGGCACAAACUGCUGAUGAAUCAGUUUCUCGCACUCUCCACGCAGCACACGAAAAUGGACGCGGCGCGGUUCCCGAGCUUUUUGUACGAUGACAUCAUCAUCGAGGGAAAUCUUGACGUGGUGACGACAGCUGUGGGGACGAGCGCGACGCCCCCGGGACCGCUUUCUCCGACGCCGACGAACCGGAGCGGUCGCUCCGUGUCGCCCCGCAGCAUCCCGCCAAUGUCCGAGCGCACUGGGGCGGAUGGCUGGCAGGAUCUGCCGGUGCGCGACGGGGGUGGCAGCGUCUCCAAAACCGCAGAACAGUACCAGUUCUCAGUGCGCCAGCCUACUACCGAGCAGGAGCGCGACCGAAGUCCGCCGACGCGCGCAAGCCCGCUUGUGCAAGCGAAUUAUCUUCAAGACGAGGAAACCACGUCGCAAUACUACCCGCGGGACGAUGAACAGCAACCCGCACUUUUGGAUACCACGAGUCCGCGCAGCCGCAGCGACCUCGGCAGCGCUCGCAGUGCCUUCGGGCCGAUCGUGCAGGCGGCGCAGCGGGGCGCGGCGACCCUGGGCGGCGAUUCGUCGUUUCGCAACCGGCCGUCCCCGACUGGGCGCGGAACCCCUGGUUUUUCGCCCGACGGCAGUGUCGAUCGUGAGGAAGGUGGUCCGUUAUUGACGGGUCAAUCCGGCGCAUCCUCCUCACGCCACGAUCCUGAUUUGGCUUCGGCCAGUGGUCGCGCUGCGAGGCAGCGAACCGCCGAUCGGGUUCCUGUCAGCACCGCAGCUGAGGUCGACGCGGCCAAACUGGUGGAUUCGCUAAGGUCGGCUGGGGGAAGAUCUUCGCAGUACUCCGACACUCUGCAGUUCCUGCGAGAACUUCCGGCGCGCGAACGCACCGGUGUGGACAUUGCGGUACUGCAGCUCUUGAACGCCCGAGAGGACGGAUCUGCCACGGGCUUUCUGCAGGCCGCACUCAAUGACGACAUGAAGCAGGCACAGGGGUCUGUGGCAACGCUGUUCAGCACCCGAAGCGUUCUCGCAGCCCUCACGUCCGCUAUGGUGAAGCUGGCUGGGUAUUUCCUUUCCUAAGUAUCGUUGUUGCAGUAGCUGUAGCACUUUUGUUUUUUUUUCUUUGUGUGCAGCGAUUGUCUACGUCUCUAGGAGCUCAUCCCAAUUUGAAAUCUCUCAGGUCGGAACUAAUGGCGUUGGAGCCCGACCUGAUAUUGCUUUUGCAGCGUGCCGAAGGAUUGGAUGGCGGGUCAGGGGGUAUGUUUGCGGCGCUCAGCGAAUACUUGGACUCGAUACUUUCUCGGCCGCUUGACCUCCCGGCGCCGUUCGUAAUCCUACUGCAAAGAAUCUUUCAGGUACAAAGAUAAAGAGUUGCCUUUCUCUGCAGCCUCGAGAAGAAAAACCUUUUCUGUGUAUUGAAUCAUUAGAACGAGACCUGAAGCAGCUGAAAGAAUGCGAUUUAGAUUUUACAAGGCUAUGAAAACUAUCAAUACGUUCAGGCCAGUACGGAACACUUCGACCUGGACCCAGUUUCCGUGACCGGAGCCUUUUUUCUGAGCCGCAUCCUCUCGCCCACACUGCUUCGGCUCGCGCAGAAGCAGCAAAUGGAUUCCGUAGAUGCCCUGCCACCCUCCGUGCCCGAACUGAGCCGUCAGUUUCAGAAAAUCGCUAGGUUUAUCGUGUCUGCCACAACGAGCGACGGCCUGCCUCCCAGCGACGAACUGCAAUUUUUGAAGGACAGUGCCGACAAGAUCGUGCGGGCCGCGGACCUGCUGCUGCGCCGCGAGGCGGGAGUCAACGACCGGGCCAGUAUCCGCAUCCCCCGACUCGUCGCUGAGCAGCUUCCCGAACGCCUCGUGUCCUUCCUGCAGCGCUAUCGAACCCAGUCUCCCGCCGCAAAGCGGAUUCUCACCGCCGCUGGGGUGCCGGGAUAGAAACGCUCGUAGGACAAGAUCGAAGAUCGAUCUUGAAAGACCGCGAGGAGAGUGGUGCAAUGCAUAAAUUGCGUUUCGUUUCUGUCCGUGCCUUGCCAAGCAAACGAGAACAAUGAAUUCGAAAAAACGAACAACCGCCGAAGACGAGGAGCGAAUAGAGCUACACUACCC